UGCGGCGGCGGCAGCCCCAGUGCUGCCCCUGUGCGGCGCCCCUUCCCCGCUCCGCCGCGCACUGUUGUCAUGGAGGAACCAAGAUGGCGGCUCUGGCCUACAACCUGGGCAAGCGGGAGAUCAACCACUACUUCAGCGUGAGGAGCGCCAAGGUACUGGCGCUGGUGGCCGUGCUGCUGCUCGCGGUGUGCCACCUCGCCUCCCGCCGCUACCGAGGCAAUGAUUCAUGUGAAUACCUUCUCUCAAGUGGCAGAUUUCUUGGAGAGAAAGUUUGGCAGCCUCACAGCUGUAUGAUGCAUAAGUACAAAAUCAGUGAAGCAAAGAACUGCCUCGUAGAUAAACAUAUUGCAUUUAUUGGAGAUUCCAGAAUUCGUCAAUUAUUUUAUUCUUUUGUGAAAAUAAUUAAUCCUCAAUUCAAAGAAGAAGGAAAUAAGCAUGAAAACAUUCCUUUUGAAGACAAGACUGCAUCAGUUAAAGUGGAUUUUCUGUGGCAUCCAGAGGUUAAUGGUUCUAUGAAACAGUGUAUCAAAGUGUGGACUGAGGAUUCUGUUGCAAAGCCCCAUGUGAUUGUAGCAGGAGCUGCCACAUGGUCUAUCAAGAUUCACAAUGGCAGCAAUGAAGCGCUUUCCCAAUAUAAAAUGAAUAUUACCUCCAUAGCACCACUUUUAGAAAAACUGGCAAAGACUAGUGAUGUUUAUUGGGUCUUACAAGAUCCUGUCUAUGAAGAUCUAUUAAGUGAAAAUAGGAAAAUGAUCACUAAUGAGAAGAUAGAUGCCUACAAUGAAGCUGCAGUCAGUAUUUUGAAUAGUAGCACCAGAAAUUCUAAAUCAAAUGUUAAGGUGUUUAGUGUUUCCAAAUUGAUUGCUCAAGAAACCAUCAUGGAAUCUUUGGAUGGCUUACAUCUUCCUGAAUCAAGCAGAGAAACUAGUGCAAUGAUUCUUAUGAACGUGUAUUGCAAUAAGAUUUUGAAGCCUGUAGAUGGUUCCUGUUGUCAACCUCGACCUCCUCUUACUCUCAUACAGAAGCUAGCUGCUUGCUUUUUCACUUUAUCUAUUAUUGGAUAUUUAAUUUUUUAUAUAAUUCAUCGUAAUGCUCAUCGGAAGAAUAAGCCUUGUACCGACUUGGAAAGUGGAGAAGAAAAGAAAAAUAUUAUCAAUCCCCCUGUGUCUCCAUUAGAAAUACUUUUACAGUCUUUCUGCAAACUUGGCCUGAUUAUGGCUUAUUUCUAUAUGUGUGACCGGGCAAAUCUAUUUAUGAAGGAAAACAAAUUUUAUACACAUUCAACUUUCUUUAUUCCAAUUAUCUACAUUUUGGUUUUGGGAGUAUUUUACAAUGAAAAUACCAAGGAGACUAAAGUAUUAAAUAGAGAACAAACAGAUGAAUGGAAAGGCUGGAUGCAACUUGUGAUUUUGAUUUAUCAUAUCUCUGGAGCAAGUACAUUUUUGCCUGUCUACAUGCACAUUCGGGUUCUGGUCGCUGCGUAUCUAUUUCAGACAGGGUAUGGGCAUUUCUCAUACUUUUGGAUCAAAGGAGACUUUGGAAUCCAUAGAGUAUGUCAGGUCUUAUUUCGUCUCAAUUUCCUGGUAGUGGUGUUAUGCAUAGUAAUGGAUCGGCCUUAUCAAUUCUAUUACUUUGUCCCCUUGGUCACUGUAUGGUUCAUGGUCAUAUAUGUUACUUUAGCACUGUGGCCACAAAUAAUCCAAAAAAAAGCAAACGGAAGUGGUCUGUGGCAUUUCGGCUUGCUGUUGAAGCUCGCCUUCCUGCUGUUAUGUAUAUGUUUUCUGGCAUAUUCUCAGGGUGCAUUUGAGAAGAUCUUUUCUCUUUGGCCAUUGUCCAAGUGUUUUGAACUGAAAGGCAAUGUAUAUGAAUGGUGGUUCAGAUGGAGGUUAGACCGUUAUGUAGUCUUUCAUGGAAUGUUGUUUGCUUUCGUUUAUCUGGCUUUACAGAAGCGCCAAAUACUUUCUGAAGGAAAGGGUGAACCUCUUUUUUCAAGCAAAAUUUCAAAUUUUCUAUUAUUUAUUUCAGUAGUUUCUUUCUUGACUUACUCCAUCUGGGCUAGCAGUUGUAAAAACAAAUCAGAGUGCAAUGAGCUCCACCCGUCCGUUUCUGUGGUACAGAUUUUAGCCUUCAUCCUAAUAAGGAAUAUCCCUGGGUAUGCUCGUUCAGUUUACAGUUCAUUUUUUGCUUGGUUUGGAAAAAUUUCAUUGGAGCUGUUUAUUUGCCAAUAUCACAUAUGGCUGGCAGCAGACACAAGGGGUAUCUUGGUCCUCAUUCCUGGAAACCCUAUGCUCAACAUUAUUGUCAGCACUUUCAUAUUUGUUUGUGUGGCACAUGAAAUUUCUCAGAUCACUAAUGAUCUUGCACAGAUUAUUAUUCCUAAAGAUAACUCAUCUCUGUUGAAAAGAUUGGCAUGUAUAGCUGCAUUUUUUUGUGGACUCCUCAUCUUAUCAUCCAUUCAAGAUAAAUCAAGACAUUAGGAUUCUAAAAACUUAAAACUCUUCAGAUUAACUUUGAAUCUACCUAGAGGAGAACAGCGUCUAUCUGGAGAUGUAUUGUAAAUGUAAAUAAAAAUUUGUGUGGCAAGAAGAUAGCUCAGUGACAUCUGUUGAACAUGUGUGGUUGUAUAUUUUGGAAAUGUACAUAUACAGUGUGAAAUACUGAAAAAAUUGAAGCAGAGUGCAUCGUAUAGGACUGCAUGUGAAAAGUGUUUUCUACUGGAUCUACAUUUCCAUUUAUAAGUGAUUUUAAGUUAACAUAUGAAGGCAGGGAAAUAAUUACCUUUCCAGUAAAAAUACAGAUAAUUAAAUUAGCUUAGUAACACCACUGAGUGUUUUGAUAUUUACUAAAUUUAGGGUAAUAAAAAUUGUAUGCACCUAUUUUCAUCAUGGAACUUCCUACUUCAUCGAAAACUUUCUUACUCAAGAAAGAUUGCAGUGUUGUUUUCUUAUAUGUGCAAUGAUGUGGAUGACAAGCAGUAUGUCUUUUAUUGUUCAUGUUCUGAUAUUAUGUUUCCUGACCUGACUUUUCUUCCUAACUUUGGUUUUCAGGUAGAUAAGCCUGAAACCUUUGUACACUUUGUCCCAGAGUUGUUCUAGGCUCCAUGACAGGCUUUUGUCAUUGAUGCUAUUGUAGCUUUUUAUAAAAAGGCCAAAUUUUCUUUCCAGUCCAAACAUUCACCUAUUUCCUUUCCUUAAGCUACACCAGUGUAAUACCAGUGUUACCCUGUGGGUUCAUCACAUAUGCUUUCCCCCAUCUAAUUAGUUUUUGUAUAUUAUUUCCAAUGUUUGGAAGCUCUUUAUAACCAUUUUGGUAUUUCCUAUUACUCCCUCCUAUUUUUAAAAAAAUAUUUAUCAAUCUAAAUGUGUGCAGUGUAGUAAAGAUUCAAGAUAUGUUUGAGACGUAUAACCGUAAGUAGAAUUUUAAGUAAACUGGUCACCUUGGGCAAUGUUUGUUUUUUGGUUUUGUUACAGGCUUAACUGUUAGAGGUAUAAAUUUAUUUAUCUGUUGUACAGAUUUGAUUACAGAUUUUAAUGUUUUAAAAAUUGCACUUGUUUGCUGUUACUGUGUAUGGGGUAAAAUAUUUUUUGUUCAUGGUAUAUGAAAAUAUGGAAUAAUUUAAACAGUAAAUAAACAUUCUGUGGAUGCUUA